GCAGGGAUCUGUCAGCGCUGAGCUCGGGUCAGUCGUGCUGUAUCCGCCGAGCAACACUGAGGGUCUUCAUGUGUGAUUAUGACUGAGGAUAAUGGAGAAAAAUGGAAACGGCACGGACUGAGAUCACUCAUAGAGAUUUGGACUGGACGUAGAUGCUCCGCGGCCUGUUGAUUCCGCUACAGAUGUGGGAAUUUUCUGGAUUACAGUGAAGUUACUGGAAUCUUUGUCAUCUCGGUCUGAAGAAAGACAUCCAGGCGGCCUGAAAUCACUCAGACUCCCGCUGAAGCCCAGCCGCGGUUAGCUGCCUGUUACGAAGCAAUAUCGUUGUUUUAUUCUGUAGAAAGUUAUUCAAUAAGAUAAACCUGUGCAUGGCUAAAAUUAGCGGUUUGGUGUCGUUAUAUAAUUACUGUUUUAGCUGUCUGGGAUAGCAGCAGCAGGGAUAAUAGCUAAGCUAGCUAGCAGGGCUGGGGCUAGCCUGUUGUUAGCCGGAAAGCUGCGCUGAAAUGACAACAAAAAGACACCCUCCAGGUUUGGGAGUUUGAUACAUGUAUCAUAAAAUAGAUCUGCUUUAAAUUUAGGUAACAGCUGCCAGACUUAGUUUAAAGUAAGUGCAGACAGUAAUCAUAUUUUCUUGCAACUACAACAAUCAUUCCGCAGCUCCAGUUACACUUUAAAUAUGUGCUUUAAUCUUUAAUCUCGCAAAGAUAAGAAAAGUCUUUUGGUCUUUUUUAAAACAUCAUUUUAAGUUGUCAGUGCCAGUUUUUCCUCGCUCCCAAAACUAUUAUUGCUCUUAUCUUUAACAAUGUUUUACUUUCCACAACCACAUUUUUGGCAGCCAAACAGGACAUUCCUCUGAGACUGUGACCCCCUUUUUUCCUAUUUUUUUUUCUUUGCCUGAAAUUAAACUACCUACAGUUUAGAAGACUGUUAACAGGCAAAACAAAGACUCCCAGACCCGCAUACGGGACGUUCAUGGCAUAACAGACUGUGUAUCAGGGAAUAGCAACGCAUAAGGGUGCUGUUUGGUUUCCCCUUCAGCUUCUUGGAGACUACUCCCUCGACCUCCAUGUGAGACAGGAUGGGCAGCCAGGGCAGCCCAGUGAAAAGCUACGACUACCUGCUGAAGUUCCUCCUGGUAGGCGACAGCGACGUGGGGAAAGGCGAGAUCCUGGACAGCCUGCAGGAUGGAUCUGCAGAGUCCCCUUACGCUUACAGUAGUGGUAUCGACUACAAAACCACCACUAUUCUCUUGGACGGCAGGAGAGUGAAGCUGGAGCUGUGGGACACCUCGGGACAGGGGAGGUUCUGCACAAUCUUUCGCUCGUACUCCCGCGGAGCUCAGGGGAUCCUGCUGGUGUAUGACAUCACCAACAGGUGGUCCUUCGACGGCAUCGACAGGUGGAUUAGAGAGAUCGAUGAGCAUGCCCCAGGCGUGCCUCGGAUCCUCGUGGGUAACCGUCUACAUCUGGCAUUCAAGCGGCAAGUUCCCACCGAGCAGGCGAGGGCGUACGCCGAGAAGAAUGGCAUGACCUUCUUUGAAGUGAGCCCGCUGUGCAACUUCAACGUCAUUGAGUCGUUCACAGAGUUGUCGCGCAUCGUCCUCAUGAGGCACGGCAUGGAGAAGUUCUGGAGGCCCAACAGAGUCUUCAGCCUGCAGGACCUCUGCUGCAGAGCCAUCGUGUCCUGCACGCCGGUCCACCUGAUCGAUAAGCUCCCGCUGCCCGUCGCAAUCAAGUCCCACCUCAAGUCCUUUUCCAUGGCCAACGGAAUGAAUGCCGUCAUGAUGCACGGACGCUCCUACUCGCUGGCCAACCCAGCCGGCGGCUCCAAAGGCAACAGCCUGAAACGCUCCAAGUCUAUCCGUCCGCCGCAGAGUCCGCCGCAAAACUGCACCCGCAGCAACUGUAAGAUCUCCUAACAAGCGCCGCUCCCCGGAUCGCAGCUUGGAGCGGGCGUGGGAUCAGGAGACAGAUGUGCAGGGUUUCGUUAGCUGGAGGAAAUCCCUGAACCCGAAGAGCAGGAAUGAUGGAUAAAGGGAUGAAUGAGCGCUACCUCCCACCUACACGAGGUCAUGUUUCAAGUGUUUAAUGUUCUUUCCAGGUGAAGGGGGAGGGGUUCGAAUGGUGCCUCAGGAAAUUUAGAGAGUGACUACAAAUGUUUUGACCUUAUUUACACUAAAACAAGAGAAAAAGACUCCAGAAACUCUCCUCCCUGCUGGAGAGGCUACUACAUGAACAGAGAUCCCUCACCAACACAUAUUUAGUUACUCUACAUGAUGCACGCCGCUCAGUGUCUGUGCAUCGCCGCAGCCUUCACUUUCACACCUUUCCUGUUUCCUUUUUUUCUGUCCACACAUCCGUUAUUUUUUGUUCUGUGACUGAUAAGCUAACCAUCAAAACACUAGAAAUAAUCAGUCGCUUUUUGUCAGCGCACGUGUGUUUUAAAGUGAUUUUAUAUUAUAAAUCCACAGAGGUUUAGAGGCCCCACCCCCCCAAAAUACCCCUGGAGGACCCGGCCUGAGCCGAGUCCAGACUUGUUAGUGUGCCUUGAGCCCAAGUGAACAAGCAUGCAGCAGAUAGAUCGCUAAAAGCACGACAGUAACCAUGAAUUAGAAAAUCCACAGAGGUUCAGUUUCCUAUUUUUAGUUUGCAGUCCCUUCAUCUUCUGAUGGACUCCAUUUGUCGCUUAAAUGCAGCCAAAUGUGACGAAUUAUACUGAGGAAUUUAUUUUAAACACGCUUUUUAUAUACAUUUUUUUUAAGGAAAAUGUUUGUUGUUCAAUAUUUCACAUGUGACAGUCAGCCAAUCAAAUGUACAAACCCAAACUGAACUUUUCAGACGGGGUGGAAACGUGCUUGGGACUAUUUUCAGUGGAGGAGUGAUCUACAUUUGGUGUUCUGGUGUGGAGUGUGGUUAUGUGUCAGUGGUGCAUCUGUUUUCUUUUUCACCCGAGAGCUUCAGCGACUUGAUUUUUUCCCCACUCCUUCCUCUCAUCAUGCUUUUCAGAUUUCACGCCUCACCUGUCGUGUCACACCUUUAUAACUCCGCAGAGUCACGUCUGCGCUCACCUGCUGCUUCUCUGACAACGUGCCACCGAUCCAGACUCGCCUCAAAGCGAUGCUCCACCCAAACUCUCUGAAUGAGCGUGUUGGUAACGGAGCAGUUAGUGACACUGCUGCAGUCCAUCAAUCCAUGUGUUGGUUUCACAGAAAACAUCAACAUACGAUAACUUCAGUACAUUUAAUGAAGCCUUCACAUUCUGAAUGUUUUCAGAGUUAUCGGAUCUUGAAGUUCAUCAGGGUGGAUUAAGAACAUUAUACAUGUGUCUCCUCACACUCGUGCACAAACUGUGAUGCUUGCAGUGGGUUUAAAACCGAUUAGUUUGCAUUUUUUAACAGAGCUUCAACAUCUUUUUAAGCCCUGGAAAUUUCACAUGGAUAUCUGUUAGCUGUGAGGGAUCAAAAAAUGCAGAAUAACUGCAAAUUUGGACCCAUUCCCAUGUAAUUAGAGGGCCUGUAACUAUGAAGAUAUUCAUGUGUGAUGGUAAAAUUUUGCUUGGCUUCAUUAAAUAAACUAAAGUUGUUGAACAUAAAAAAUUCAGCUGAUUCUGAGAGACCCACAGACGAGGGACCGAGUGAUUUCUUGCAUUAAGUAAUGCUGCUUUUCUGGGGUUUUUAUUGCAUUUUAAACAGAUUAUCUGUGGUUUUUCGCUCUUUUAUGACUGAAUCGUCAGCUGAAGCUCUAAAUUGAGCACAAAGAACAUAAAGCAGUUCAUUAGACCAUUAGUAGAAGUGAAGCAAAUAUAUGGUGUCACCCUAAUGGCUGCAGUCAGUGUCACAGUUGAUCACUGAGUAAUAAAACCCAAAUCACACUAACUUUGCUGAAACAUGUUCCAGCUGCCAUUGAAUUUCUCGGAUUUUCACUGCAAAAAGUUCAAAUUGAAUUAACUUAAAGUCACAGAAGACAAAGAAAACCGGCCAAUCGUGCAGAUUUGAAAACUGCAAACUGUUAAUUAGGAGCCAGAAGUAGCAGAGAGGAAAUGUCGACAGUGUUUUUGUGCGCUCAGAUCUGAAUGCGUGAGCAGAGAGCCUCAGCACGCAGCUUUUUGAAGUUUUCCACAUGCACGCAGUUUCCCAACACGGCGCUGAAGUGUCAGCGUGCUGUUUCAGAUUAAAAUGAUCAUAUUUACUGUGAUGAAGCGUGGCUCUGUCUGCCGCUGUGAAACUGAAACAGUCAUGAAGCUCUGCUGCGACAUAAUUGGCUCAGAUGUUUCUGUUUUGGUUGCUGAUUGGUGGUUUUGGUGGAUCGGCGAUCACUCGGGCUUCGCUGAGUGUCGCACCCGCUCUUUGUGUAACGUGUUUGGUUUUAUUUUCACAGUUUUCAGGAGUUUAACCCGAGCACAGCUGCUGCUCUUCAUUGGGCGGCGUGUCAUUUUAACCAUCCGGUCACAUCUUUAACCCACACAGUCCCCUCAGCUGUUAGCUUACUGCGCUCCUGUGACUCUGCUGCACGUCUGUCUGCUCAUGUGUUUUCCAUAAGUUUAAUUCAGUUUCAGUCUUUGCCUGAGCUCUUGUGACUUUCUGAGAAGCUGUUCAGAUGAUGUGACAGUUGAAGUUCUGAUGAGGGCAAACAGGAAACCAGUCACAGCGGCUGGUCAGGCUCGUGUUGAAGUGGAAACUUUCCAGUAUUGAUAGUAAACAGUGACCCGUGUGUAUCGGACCGCUCUGAAUGUCACUCGCUGUCUUUCAUAACCAACUUCUCUUUAAGGCACACCAACUCUCAGAGCAAAAUGUCAGGAACAUUUUCACGCUUUAAUCGACUCUUUUCACUUGUUGAGACGUCUCACAGAACAUUAAUCAGGAGAUGUUAAAAAUAUAAAAAGUCUUUCUCUCAGUGGAAGCAUAAAUAGUUUCACUUCAUUUCAGGAUGCUUAACUUCCUUUUUUAUGCUGUUUGCAAUUUUUACUCUGUGAUUUUCAUCACAUUUCAGAGAAAAUCAAUAAUGUGUUUUAGAUAAACUGCGACCAAAUCAGUUUUCCGCCCACUCAGAGUCUCAAUCUGCAGAUAAAAUCUCGCCUUCACUUCUGUCACAACUAUAAGCUCCUUUCACCAGUGACAAAAACGACAUUAGUUAAUAAUUUUGACCCAGAAGGAGUCGGAGUUAGAAGACGACCGCGGUGUCAAAAUGUAGAAAAAAGCAGACGUGUGGCCGCGUAUCCCACACGGUGACAGUUGGGAUAACUUUAACUUUGCAUGGCGUCAUUAAAUAAACCGUUCAGCAGAAAUCAGCUGACUCUGAGGGGGUCAGGGGUCAGGUGGGAGUGAGCUGCAGGUCCUUUCAGAGGACUGAGGCAUAGAGACGUGUGUUCAGGAUUUCUGCUGUUGGUUUUCCUGAUGUUUGAUGUUUGAAAUAAAAAAAAAAAAAACAGCAGACUGUGCGUUUAAAUGUGAACUCUUGAUAAUCGAAUUAAGCUGCGACCACGAGGUUGGAAUUAAAUGACCGUCCGCCUCGUGUUUGCCGUCCGUGUUCCCGCCCUGCUCGUUCUCCUGUGAGCGCAGCGCAGCGUCGGCCUCCGUGUGCGAGCGGCCGCUCGUGUAGAAACGAGCCGGAACACGUGAACUCUUCCGAGUCGCUGCGUUUCAAACUCCUCCGACUGGAUCUCCCACGGGAACCAAAGCAGCAGGUCUUCUUCUCUCUCUGCCUCUGAUCUGCACCGCCGCCUCCGCACGCUGUCCCAUGAUUCAUAGCUGCUGAAUAAUAGAUGCUCCUUUCAUAGAUCUCUGAAGAGCUUCAUCUCCGUCUCUUUCUUCCUCUCUGCUCGCUGCGUGGUUUGUUUCCUCCUCAGUUUCUGCUUCUGCCUUCUUUUCCUUCGCCUUAAAAUCCUGCAGAUGAUCGUUUUUUCUCCACGCUUCGUUCCAGGUUUUGUGGCGUCUCUUCAGGCGAUCGGAGGGAGCGCCCUCUCCAUCCGCUCGGCUUUGUUUUGUCUCCUUUCUCGCCUUUAAUGAUGCCCCCCACUGAUCCAGAGUCAGAUUAUUCCUCCACCACACACAUCAACUGUAGUUCCAGCAGCACCCUCAGGACCAGCCUAAUGUUCUCUAAGAAUAGCUAAACCAUGAGAUUAGUCUUGUUUAUGGUGGUUUAAUGUUCAGUGAUCUCAGCACAGUAAACAGCAUCUGUGCUCGGUCUCUCACUGAAAGUGUUUUAGUGCAAAGCUUCUAAAAAUAGAAGCUCAAUUGGGCUGAAUGCUGCUCAUCUAAAAUAACGCACAAGUCACCUGAAAGGUCAAAUAAGGAAGAUUCAGAGUUUAAGUUCUCGAUAAACUGCAGAGAUAUGAGUGGCUGAUUAAAGGAGAAACAUGGCGUAGAUUUACAGCUGACCUGUUCAGCUCGUUUCCAGCUCCCUCAGAGCAGCUUUGCAUGAUUCAUAGUUCAAAAUAACCCUUCUUUAUCUGAAACCAGGCCUCGGUGCAGCCCCUCAGCUCAUCCUCUGCCUGAAACAGAGUAAUUUAGGCUACCACGUGCAAUCAGAUGGUCCGAGAUACAAUAUUAGGCAUGUCCACUCUCUGUGAAUUAAGACGAUUCAUCUUAAAUGUUUUCGUGUUUUCAGUCCUAAAGAUUUCGACAUACCCCAUAUUUCAUGCAGGAUUGUAAACUACACUUAAAGCACUCUGCAUGUUUCUGUUAUAAUGCCAGACUUCUAUAUUAAACAUGUCUAUUGGUUCUAAUAAUGAGGCAACGAUAUGUAAAUGUAACCCCUUUAAGCCGAAGUUCAGCCUCUUUCUGCUGUGAUUAAGGUUUAGAGAAGCAGAUUUCCUCAUACAGUCCUUUCUGCAGACAGCACAGCUCAGAAAUACCCAAAACUGCCUCUCAGCAGUCGUCCAGACUUUAGCCAGUCAGAAGAAGGUUCAGGAAGGUGGGGCCUUUAAGCAACGGGAGGAAAGUCAGCUUGUUUGACAGAAAGGCCGGGCGGCGAUAAAUAAGGUCUUUCCUGAUCUGCGAGUCAUGCGGCGCUGCUCUGAUGGAGUCCCAGAAUGAAAAUGCAUGUAAAUAAUUGGAGGAACUUUUACGUUUGAACUCAGAGCACAGCUGAAUAAAAGGAAAUCAGCAGUGAUGAUCACAUGGUUUUUAGUAAAUGUGCAGAAACACUCUCGUAGUCACAACAACAGCAGGAAGUGAAGAACAUGUCCUCCUGAUGAGGAGCGUGUGAGCGUGGUUCAGCAUUUUUCUUUUCCUGCAGUUUUCACACGUAUUUUAAACGUUUGUUACAGAAGUUCAAGAAUGGGGAAAAAAGCUCUCACACCAUCAGGUUUCAUCUCUUUGCCAACAUUUUUAGGUUUUUAUCUUCUCCCACUCUGAGGCUUUUAUUUGCCUAACAUCAGCACAAUAAACCUCGUGUGUUGUUAUUUGUUCAUCCAACCACAGUUUUUUAUUUGCAUAACCACAGAAACAUUCACAGAGGAUUGUGGGAAUGUUUGUAACAACGAAGAAAAAUGACCAGUAAAACACUACUCCUGUCUUUUUGGCUGAAGCUGCUGAACGAGUGUGUGUGUGUGUGUGUUUGUGAAUGUGUGUGUGAGUGUGAGAGAGAGGUAAUGAUCUUUAAACAUCAAGCUGAACAUUUUUCUUUCUUGUUUUUAAAUUAUUGAUUGUACAGUUUAAGGCGAUGUGUAUGAAGAUUUUUCACAAUAAAAGUAUUGAAUGUUGACGUCAA